UGGAAGAGCGGAGUCACACUGCGCCUGCGUCAACGGGAGAAGCUCCGCCUCCUUACAGGAAGAGUCAGGCGGACCAGCACAGUCAACAAAAACACAGUUAGGAUGUGGGCUACAAAACUGGGGAAACAGCUGGGCAAUCCCACUAAGUCAAUAGCGGGAUGGCUGGUCAGCAAGUUGUUUAAGGCUCGUAAUAAGGUCCUUGAGGAGCAUGCUGUGCAGCUGUGUGGGAUCCAGCCAGGGGACACCGUGCUCGAGCUGGGUCAUGGCCCAGGUCUGGGUUUGGAAUCGGCAGUGAAGCUGCUCACUGGUCCAACGGGUCACCUUAUUGGAGUGGAUUACUCCGAGUAUAUGCACCAGAUGGCAAAGGAACGGAUGAAGGAUCUUCUCGCCACUGGGAAGGUUACCCUACACCACUGUGAUGUAGCUGCAAUGCCUGUCGCAGACAACAGCGUGGAUAAAGUUUUUCACUGUAACUGCUACUACUUUUGGCCAGACCAGAAAAAGGCAGCUCUAGAAAUCCACCGCGUUAUGAAACCUGGAGGCCUGAUGGUGAGCACACUGAGGCUAGCACAUGUGGCUGUUUUGGGAGGCAAAGGUGUGAUGCCAGGAGAAAACUGGCGCCCAGAGGCCUACAUGUCAGCUCUGAGAGACUCUGGCUUCACUGAUGUUAGGAUGGAAGACAAGCAACACAAUGAUUUAACAUUUCAAGCUAUUUUUGCCACAGCAUCCAAAUGAGCACAUGUGCACUUGACCCAAAAGAGCAAUCAAAAGAUUUUGAAUGAUGUGCCUUCAGCGAAACAUUAGCCAUACAGUUAACCACUUUGUGCUGUUUUGUUGUUGUUCAGACAUUCUACAGCACUUCACUGACAGUGUUAAACAAAUUAAUGUGUUGAUUAUAAAUGUGCCAGAUAUGUUAAAAACAUAUUCUAAAGGAAUCAAAUUUUAAUAUAGUAGUCAUGACAAACAGUUGCAUUAAAUACAUAGUCAACAAUAAAACGAAACAGAGGAGAUGGGGCUGGUUGUCACAUUUCCUACACUAUCAAAGAAAAUUCCUUGGAUCUAAAAAAAAUCCCCUCUUAACAGUGUUGUUGGUAUGACAGAAACAAUUUAUGUUUAGAGGAUCUUUAGUCAAACAUUAGACAUCAAUAUCAAGUCACAGCACUGUGAACCUGCUCCAUUUUCUUGGAAUUAAGCAAUUUGAUUAACUAUUUUCUUUGUUUUGUUUUUAUUUUUAAUUCAAGAAACAUAAAUAUCAGGGUAUUUUUGCAUAUUUUUCCAAACACUACAAAAUACACAAUGAUGUAUUAAAUAAAAUGUUCAUAUAUAAACAUGAAUGUGUCGUCAUAUUUCAAAUAGGAGUGCGUUUAGACAAAAACAAAGUAAUAUCUCCUCAUUGAAAUUCAGUGAUAUUCUUAAAGAAAUAAAACUGAAACAGAAGCAGACAUUGUUCAUAGGCUGCAAUCUAUAUUUUGGAGGA